AUGGAGGGAUUGGUGUCCCCAAAACUCCCCAGGCUGGCGGAAAAAAAGGCUUCCAUAGGCUACACCUACGAGGACAGCACGGUGGAGGAGCUGGAGAAUUCCCUGGAGAAGCGAGCGGGGGACGAGGAGGACUCCGAGGAGGAUUCCAACACGGACGAGGACGAAGUGAUCCCGGAUAUCGAUGUGGAAGUGGACGUGGACGAGCUGAACCAGGAGCAGGUGGCUGACCUGAACAAGCAGGCCACGACCUACGGCAUGGCCGAGGGGGAUUUCGUCAGGAUGCUGAGGAAGGACAAGGAGGAGGCCGAAGCCAUCAAAAACGCCAAAGCCUUGGAGGAGGAGAAGGCCAUCUACGCCCGCCGGGACAGCCCCACUUACGACCCCUACAAACGAAUUUCCCCUCAGAACUCCAUUCCCCCUCAGAAUUCCCAUUCCCCCUCAGAACUCAAGUCCCCCUCAGAACUCCCAUUUUCCCCUCAGAAUCCCCCUCAGAACUCCAUUCCGCUCAGAACUCCUGUUUCCCCUCAGAACUCCCCUUUCCCCUCAGAACUUCAUUCUGCCUCAGAAUUCUCCCUCAGAAUUCCCAUCAGAACUCCCAUUUCCCCUCAGAAUCCCCCUCAGAACUCCAUUCUGCUCAGAACUCCUGUUUCCCCUCAGAACUCCCAUUUUCCCCUCAGAAUCCCCCUCAGAACUCCAUUCUGCUCAGAACUCCUGUUUCCCCUCAGAACUCCCAUUUUCCCCUCAGAAUCCCCCUCAGAACUCCAUUCUGCUCAGAACUCCUGUUUCCCCUCAGAACUCCCAUUUUCCCCUCAGAAUCCCCCUCAGAACUCCAUUCUGCUCAGAACUCCUGUUUCCCCUCAGAACUCCCAUUUUCCCCUCAGAAUCCCCCUCAGAACUCCAUUCUGCUCAGAACUCCUGUUUCCCCUCAGAACUCCCAUUUUCCCCUCAGAAUCCCCCUCAGAACUCCAUUCUGCUCAGAACUCCUGUUUCCCCUCAGAACUCCCAUUUUCCCCUCAGAAUCCCCCUCAGAACUCCAUUCUGCUCAGAACUCCUGUUUCCCCUCAGAACUCCCAUUUUCCCCUCAGAAUCCCCCUCAGAACUCCAUUCUGCUCAGAACUCCUGUUUCCCCUCAGAACUCCCAUUUUCCCCUCAGAAUCCCCCUCAGAACUCCAUUCUGCUCAGAACUCCUGUUUCCCCUCAGAACUCCCAUUUUCCCCUCAGAAUCCCCCUCAGAACUCCAUUCUGCUCAGAACUCCUGUUUCCCCUCAGAACUCCCAUUUUCCCCUCAGAAUCCCCCUCAGAACUCCAUUCUGCUCAGAACUCCUGUUUCCCCUCAGAACUCCCAUUUUCCCCUCAGAAUCCCCCUCAGAACUCCAUUCUGCUCAGAACUCCUGUUUCCCCUCAGAACUCCCAUUUUCCCCUCAGAAUCCCCCUCAGAACUCCAUUCUGCUCAGAACUCCUGUUUCCCCUCAGAACUCCCAUUUUCCCCUCAGAAUCCCCCUCAGAACUCCAUUCUGCUCAGAACUCCUGUUUCCCCUCAGAACUCCCAUUUUCCCCUCAGAAUCCCCCUCAGAACUCCAUUCUGCUCAGAACUCCUGUUUCCCCUCAGAACUCCCAUUUUCCCCUCAGAAUCCCCCUCAGAACUCCAUUCUGCUCAGAACUCCUGUUUCCCCUCAGAACUCCCAUUUUCCCCUCAGAAUCCCCCUCAGAACUCCAUUCUGCUCAGAACUCCUGUUUCCCCUCAGAACUCCCAUUUUCCCCUCAGAAUCCCCCUCAGAACUCCAUUCUGCUCAGAACUCCUGUUUCCCCUCAGAACUCCCAUUUUCCCCUCAGAAUCCCCCUCAGAACUCCAUUCUGCUCAGAACUCCUGUUUCCCCUCAGAACUCCCAUUUUCCCCUCAGAAUCCCCCUCAGAACUCCAUUCUGCUCAGAACUCCUGUUUCCCCUCAGAACUCCCAUUUUCCCCUCAGAAUCCCCCUCAGAACUCCAUUCUGCUCAGAACUCCUGUUUCCCCUCAGAACUCCCAUUUUCCCCUCAGAAUCCCCCUCAGAACUCCAUUCUGCUCAGAACUCCUGUUUCCCCUCAGAACUCCCAUUUUCCCCUCAGAAUCCCCCUCAGAACUCCAUUCUGCUCAGAACUCCUGUUUCCCCUCAGAACUCCCAUUUUCCCCUCAGAAUCCCCCUCAGAACUCCAUUCUGCUCAGAACUCCUGUUUCCCCUCAGAACUCCCAUUUUCCCCUCAGAAUCCCCCUCAGAACUCCAUUCUGCUCAGAACUCCUGUUUCCCCUCAGAACUCCCAUUUUCCCCUCAGAAUCCCCCUCAGAACUCCAUUCUGCUCAGAACUCCUGUUUCCCCUCAGAACUCCCAUUUUCCCCUCAGAAUCCCCCUCAGAACUCCAUUCUGCUCAGAACUCCUGUUUCCCCUCAGAACUCCCAUUUUCCCCUCAGAAUCCCCCUCAGAACUCCAUUCUGCUCAGAACUCCUGUUUCCCCUCAGAACUCCCAUUUUCCCCUCAGAAUCCCCCUCAGAACUCCAUUCUGCUCAGAACUCCUGUUUCCCCUCAGAACUCCCAUUUUCCCCUCAGAAUCCCCCUCAGAACUCCAUUCUGCUCAGAACUCCUGUUUCCCCUCAGAACUCCCAUUUUCCCCUCAGAAUCCCCCUCAGAACUCCAUUCUGCUCAGAACUCCUGUUUCCCCUCAGAACUCCCAUUUUCCCCUCAGAAUCCCCCUCAGAACUCCAUUCUGCUCAGAACUCCU